UUCCCUGUUCUUCUUUCUGUUUCAUGGACUCAUCUAGAAAACAUUUGGAUCGGAUCAAGGGACCAUGGAGCAGCGAAGAAGACGAGUUAUUGUGUAAGCUAGUAGAUCGGUACGGUGCACGGAACUGGACGUUGAUUAGCAAAUCGAUUCCAGGGAGAUCUGGUAAGUCGUGUCGUCUCCGGUGGUGUAACCAGCUGUCGCCGGAGGUUGAGCAUCGGCCUUUUACGUUAGAGGAUGAUCAGGUUAUACUCCAGGCGCAUGCUCGGUUUGGGAACAAAUGGGCUACGAUCGCUAGGUUGCUCAACGGACGUACGGAUAACGCGGUUAAGAACCACUGGAACUCGACGUUGAAGCGCAAGUGCACGGCGGUGGACGGCGGAGAUCGAGGAGAGAGAAACUCGCAGAGGCCGAAGAUGUCAGAUAGAGAUUUCAAUGCGACGGUGACCAGUAUCUCAGGUACUGGUAGUCUAUCCGGAUCCGAUUUGUGCGAUUCAUCAGGCAACAAUAUUCCGUUAGUGUCGGUUGCAGAAAUCUGUAUUACCUCGUCGGAAUUUCAACGUAAGGUUGAAACGGAGCCUCCGACGGCGUUAACUCUGGCGCUCCCUGGAACAGGUUCGUAUUUGUAUGACAUCUGUGAUCAAAAACCAGCAAAGAAGUUGAAUGCAACGCCGUUUGGCGAAGAGGUUCAUUCAAUGAUGCAAGAGAUGAUCCGUAGCGAAGUCAGAAAAUACUUGGCAUCUGAAGAAAACUUGAUGCAGGUAAGGAAUGCAGGUGUGAAGCGUAUUGGUGUUAGCAAAAGUGAUUAUUGACAAAAUCUCAAUUAAUGUUUAAAUCCAUAGAGCUUGUGGUUUGAUUCAAAUUAAUUUGGAGUUAAUUAAUACAUACAAUUAAUAUUUGAAUAUUAUGGAUUAUGGAAAAUUGAUUUUGGGGUCUUUUUUGAAUCAUAUGAAAACAUAUAACCGA